AUGUUUCCAGAUGCCAUAACUUCUUUCCUUCAGAACCAUUCCGUCUUUGCCACAGUCGUUGGCAUUACCCUCCUAGCUACCAUAGCAGUAUCUCCUGCCAGAAUCAUAGGCAUGGCUAAAACAAGAUACUGGCAUUCGACCCAAUCCCUAAUAUUAAAGACCAGAGAUGGUCGAACCACUUCACUUGCUGAACUGUGCAAGUCUUUCAUUCCACCCUGCCGCCUCAAUCCUUUACUAUUCAAUGGUCACCUUCAGACGAUCUGGAGUGUUUUGACCCGCGAAUCCGUUCCCAUAUACUACAAGCGCCAAAUGUUCGAAAACGAUGACCCAACCUAUACUGGCCAAUUCGCUGUCGAUUUCGUUACAUCUCCUCACCAAGAGUCUGACCCGAAUCUACCACCUCGGACUACUUAUUUCACCGAACAAGAAUGGAAGAAUAUCGGCUCUCCUGAUAAUCGACCGAUGCUUGUGAUGCUUCACGGGCUGAGUGGAGGCUCUCAUGAACUCUAUCUUCGUCACGUCCUGGCACCUCUAGUGGAGGAUGGGGGUUGGGAUGCCUGUGUCAUUAUAUCCAGAGGGUGUUCUAAGACCAAGGUUACCACCAGCGUUCUCUAUAAUGCACGCGCAACUUGGGAUAUAAGACAUACCGUUAAGUGGUUGAAGAAGACGUUUCCGAAUCGUCCCCUUUUUGGAAUUGGCUUCUCACUUGGUGCUAAUAUCAUGACCAACUAUCUUGGCGAGGAAGGCAGUAAUUGCGCCUUCAAAGCAGCCGUGGUUCUGUCCAACCCAUGGGAUCUCCAGGCUAGCAGUCUAGCAUUGCAGAGAACUUGGUUUAACCGAACUGCCUAUUCCAAAACCAUGGGCCAAAAUAUGAAGAUGUUGUUCGAGACACACUUUGAACAAAUCUCAAUGAACCCCAAGAUCGACGUUGACCUCGUUCGGAAGGGCAAGUAUCUCCACGAAUUCGACCGAUACGUGCAAGGGCCGACAUGGGGAUACCCGACGGAAGGAGCGUACUAUCGUGAUGCAUCCUCGGUGGACUCUUUGCUUGCAAUUAGGGUUCCAUUCCUGGCAAUCCAUGCAGAAGAUGAUCCAGUGACUGCAAGCGAAGCCUUGCCGCGAGAAGAAGUGCAACAAACACCAUUCGGCGUUCUCUGUACCACGACCACCGGCGGACAUCUAAGUUGGUUUGAGCUCGGUGGCACGAGAUGGUUUGCCAAAGUCACCACGGCAUUCUUCCAGAAAAUGGCGCAUGAGAUUGACUUGGAUGCUGUGCCCAAGACCGAUGUCAAUGGCGUCCAACACGAAGGAGAGAUCUCUCGCCAGCAACGAGAACCAUUGACACCCAUAUUUGAGCCGAUGAGGAGGAAGUUGCAUUUGCCGGUGCCUGAGCCGGGUCAUCGACGCCGUAGACGAUUAGAGUAG